CAAACCAUUCAUGUUAACGUAAUUGUGUAGGUGUUCCAAAAAUAAGAAGAAUGAGUUUAAAACGUAAGUUCGAGGGUGAGGUAGAGGUGAGAGAAGGUGCAGGUGAUGCAUUCCAUGACAUGUAUAAGAGUAGACCUCAUCACAUCAAGCAUGCUGCCUCUAAUUUUGUUCAGAGCUGUGACUUGCAUCAUGGCCAGGACUUUGGUGUGCCUGGCUCAAUACUUUCUUGGAAUUUCACUCUAGAUGGGAAAUCUAGUAGAAGUGCGAAGACUGAAAUCGAAGAGAUUGAUGAGCAGAAAAGAUUGGUGAGGCAAAAGAUAACAGAAGGUGAUAUCCUAGACGGACAGUACAAGAGCAUGAUAUGUACAUGCCAUGUUGAACCAAAAGACAAAGAAACUUGCAUAGUAAAGUGGGUAAUAGAGUAUGAGAAGGUGCAUCCUAACAUCCCUGAACCAACUUCUUUGAUGGAUGCUCUUCUUAAUGCUGCUAAAGACAUCGAUGAUCAUCACCAUGGCAUUAAAAAGUAAACCUAUGUUUCGAAUUUUUUAAUUUUAAUAAGUGUUGUAUUAUGUGUAUUUUCUUCCCUCAACUUUUAUAAUAAGGUGUUCCUACUAAAUAAGGCAUGUACGUACUCGCUUGGGUGUUUCUAUAUAUUCCGUAUAAUAUAUAUGGCCAAAAUAAAACUAAUACUUUGUAUGUAUGUUACCUCGAUCUAGUAUUAAAUAAAAAGCACGAAGUAUAUAUAUAGUACAUGUAUAUUAGUUCUUGUACCAUAUGCAAAGUAUUAUAUUGUAAGGAGUAUAUGUUAUUAUUAA